AUGGCCACGCCGUCGCGACUGGAGUUGGAGCAGUGCCCGCAGAGGCAGAUGUGCUCCCACGGCACGAGUAGCACCGUCGUCGGCCUGACCCGGCAAGCCCCGCACCUGAGGUUCAGGUGUGCCGACGCCGCAGCUUCCCCCGCCGGAAGGCGAGCCGAGCGCGACGGCCACGGAGCACAGAGGGGAAGCGGGUCCGUCUUCGUCACGCAUCCGCGUCGGCCAGCACGGGAGCAGCCGGUGGUGCACGAGCUCGACGAGCGAGCUGGCCGUGAGCGCGCGGAACUCGGCCGAGUGGAACUCGAGGCUGGCCGCCUUGCGCUGCCUCCUCCACACCUUGGCGUCGGCGCCGAAGAUGCCAUCGCCGAGGAGGUGCCGCACGGUGUCACCUGCUGCGUCGAUCCGUUUUGA